AUGCAUCGCGAUGUUGUCAUUGGUCACUGUCGCGCUUUGAAGUUUCAAAAAGAAGCGCCUGGCAUGUGUUGCUCCAAUGGCAAAAUCAAUUUGCCACCACUGACUGAACCACCAGAAGAUUAUACGACAACUGGUCGCAAACAAUUGAUCGCGCGACAAUUGAUCGCAAUAUCCAAAGAAGAUCCGCAAUUUUUGCAAAUUUAUUUCAUGGACAAUGUGGAUAAGGAGAUUGAUCGACGAUGCGCAUUUAGUAUAGCAACAGAUCGAAAGAUUAUUGCUGAAUUACGAGCAUUAUUCCACGAGCACAACUGUUUGGUCCGAGAUUUCAAAUCCGCAUUGGAGAAUGUAAGAGCGGAUGACUUCAAACUCAUUAUCAGAGCAGACAAAACCCCAUCGAAUGAGCAUGAAAGACGCUUCAAUGCUCCAAUAGCCCCUGAAGUAGCAGCUGUAAUUGUCGGUACAGAAAUUACUCGGCGAGAUAUUGUUAUCAGCAGGCGAAAUCAAACCAAGCAAGGUAUUGCUGAAACACAUCGAUCGUACGACGCACUUCAAUAUCCAAUUCUAUUUCCGCGAGGAGAAGACGGUUAUCAUCUCGAAUUGUAUCAAACUCAUCCCGUCACAGGUGCUGCGACAACGAAAAAAAUCAGUUGUAUGGAUUUUUAUGCAUAUCGCAUCAUGAUUCGAGCCGAACAAUCCAACCAUAUCUUAAAGUGUCGUCAUGUUUUUCAACAAUUCAUCGUUGAUAUGUACGCCAAAGUCGAAAGCGAACGACUCAAUUACAUUCGUUACAAUCAAUCGAAGCUUCGAGUCGAAGAUUAUAUUCAUUUGCGAGAUGCAAUCGCGAAUGAUGGAACAAUUGGUAAUAUUGGACAAACGGUUAUACUUCCAGCUUCGUAUACUGGAAGUCCAAGACAUAUGCAAGAAUAUGCUCAGGAUUCUCUGACAUAUGUUCGCAGAUAUGGACGUCCAGAUCUUUUCAUCACGUUCACGUGCAAUCCACCUUGGUGUGAAAUCAAAGAUUUACUUUUGCCUGGCCAGCAACCAUCUGAUCGGCAUGACCUCACAGCGAGAAAAAGAGGUCUACCACAUGCUCAUAUCUUAAUUUGGUUGCUUGAAAAAAUUGUUCCAACUCAAAUUGAUGAUAUCAUUACUGCUGAGCUGCCCAACGUAGAAGAAGAUCCAGAAUUAUUUGAAAUUGUGACAAAAAAUAUGAUUCACGGACCAUGUGGCGGACACAACCCACACUCGCCAUGCAUGAAAGACGGAAAAUGCACCAAAAAGUAUCCAUGCCAGCUGCUGCAAGAAACACAAACUGGUGGCGACGGUUAUCCGUUGUACAGACGACGAAAACCAGAUGAUGGAGGAUACACCACAACUAUCAAAAUCAAGAACGUUGAUUUCGAAGUUGAUAACCGAUGGAUUGUGCCCUACUCUCCUAUCUUUUCGAAAUCAGUCAAUGCACAUAUCAACGUGGAGUCCUGUAAUUCAGUUAAGGCAAUAAAAUACAUAUGCAAAUACGUGAAUAAAGGCAGCGAUAUGGCAAUUUUCGGAAUUGCGAAUCCCAAUGCGCCCGUCAAUGAAAUCGAGCAAUUUCAAAUGGGACGUUACAUUAGCAGUAAUGAAGCUGUAUGGAGAAUUCUUGGUUUCGACAUUCAUGAACGCUUUCCUGCUGUCAUGCAUCUCAGUGUUCACUUGGAAAACGGUCAACGAGUCUACUUCACGGAAGACAACGCACCCCAACGAGUUGCAGAUCCACCAAAUACAACGUUGACCGCUUUUUUCCAAUUGUGUGCAACUGACGAAUUCGCAAAAACAUUAAUGUAUCACGAAGUCCCGCAGUACUACACUUGGAAUCAAUCGACGAAGAAAUUUUGCAGAAGAAAACGAGGCGCCAGGAAUUCUUCUAUAGCUGGCAUAUUUUCUACUGGUGCACUGGGAAGAGUAUAUACUGUUCAUCCAAAUAAUGGUGAAUGCUACUAUUUGCGAAUGCUGCUUCACGUGGUCAAAGGACCAACAUCGUUUCAAGCAAUCAAAACAAUCGAUGGUCAAGAGUCAGAAGCAUCUGAGACACGUCAUGCCCAUCAAAUACGAACUCUGUUUGCCAUAAUUUUGACUACCUGCGCACCUUCUGAUCCGAAAGGUUUAUGGGAAAAACACAAAGAGAGUAUGAGCGAAGACAUACUUCUCCGAGCACGCAGAAAUAAUCCCGGCUUGGAUGUACAGUAUUCGGAAGUCAUUUUCAAUGAAGCACUGAUAUCACUUGAGGAUGUGUGUAUGUCGAUUAACAACAAAAUCCUCAAUCAGCUUGGGCUGUUUUCACCGGAACGUGACAGAAACGAUGUUAUAGAUAGAGACGUAUUGCGAGAAAAACAAUACGACGUCGAUGCGCUACAAGCGGAAAUGGUGGACUUCUUUUUCUUGAUGCACCAGGAGGCACAGGAAAAUUUGAUACUCGCCGAAAUUCGAAUGAAACAUGAGAUUGCUUUGGCUGUGGCAUCGUCGGGGAUUGCAGCAACAUUACUCGAUGGAGGACGCACGGCGCAUUCGGUUCUCAAGCUGCCAUUGAAUUUAAAUCUAGCUGCUGAUCCUCUUUGCAACAUUGGAAAAACAACUGGAAUGGCAACUGUAUUGAAAACAUGCCAACUGAUUAUUUGGGAUGAAUGUACUAUGGCCCAUAAGAAAGGACUUGAAGCACUUGAUCGAACUCUGCGAGAUUUCCGAAGCGAUGAACGUCCACUGGGCGGAGCUCUGAUCCUGCUCGCAGGUGAUUUCCGUCAAACUUUGCCCGUGAUUCCUAGAUCAACACCAGCAGACGAGUUGAAUGCAUGCCUGAAAAAUUCGUCUCUCUGGAGACAUGUGAAAAAAAUUACACUGUCGACCAAUAUGCGUGUGCAUUUACUUGGAGAUGUUUCUGCACAAAUAUUUGCCAAACAACUUUUGGAUAUCGGCGACGGCAAACUUUUGGCUGAUCCUACAACACAGAAGAUAGCGUUUCCUCCGAACUUCUGUCAACUUCAGUCAUCAAUUGAAGAACUUGAAGAGAGAGUUUUCUCAAACAUCGCCAACAACUUUAGAAAUCAUGAUUGGCUUUGCGAGCGAGCUAUCUUAGCUCCAAAGAAUGAUGAUGUCAAUCGAAUCAAUAAUAAGAUUCAAUUAAAAAUUCCUGGGGUGAUUACGGAAUACAAAUCGAUUGACACAGUUACAGAAGAGGACCAAGCUGUAAAUUAUCCAGUCGAAUUUCUCAAUUCGUUGGAGCCUCCUGGAAUGCCACCGCACAUACUGACGUUAAAAGUUGGCUCACCAAUACUGCUCCUUCGGAAUCUCAAUACCCCGAAGUUAUGCAAUGGAACCAGACUUUCAGUGAAAAAACUGAUGCCGAAUGUGAUUGAAGCAACAAUAAUUAACGGCAAAUGUAAAGGUGAAGAUGUGCUGAUUCCGCGCAUUCCAAUGGUUCCUACUGAUUUACCCUUUACAUUCAAACGACUACAGUUUCCUGUACGUCUUGCUUUCGCGAUGACAAUCAACAUAGCCCAAGGGCAGUCUCUGCGCGUUGCCGGAUUAAAUUUAGGAAAUCCAUGUUUUUCGCAUGGUCAACUGUAUGUUGCUUGCUCCAGAGUAGGAACUCCAAAAACUCUGUACGUCUAUACACCAAAUCGAAAAACCAAAAAUAUUGUUUACCCACUAGCGUUACGAUAG